UCUGCACCUUUACCAUCUUCCACUGCAACUGAGCUCCGCUACUUGCGGGUGUAGUGAGCCCCCCGUCGCAGUUCUUCUCAUGGCGACUAUCGGCUUCCAAUCGCUCCGAAUUCGAAGCCCUCGACCGCAUUCACCAGUAUCAACUGCCAUCUCUUAUCCCCGAUCCAUCUCCAUCCCGCUCACGCCGUCGAGGAGAUUGCUCUCUGCCACCGCCUCAACACACCGACGCUUCAACUUGAUUAGGCCGGCGAGCUCCGUCACGUCGCCCAAUGACAGCGUAGUGCUCGAACCGGAGGCAGCUGAGGAAGAAGACGAUGAAGUCGAUCCGAUGUCGGAGGUGUGUUUCUUGGACCUGGAUGGUGAUCGGACGGUGGGGAGCAUCACGGAGUGGGAGUUGGACUUCUGUUCGAGGCCUAUUUUGGACGAGAGGGGGAAGAAGGUGUGGGAAUUGGUGGUAUGCGAUUCGUCUCUGUCCCUUCAGUACACCAAGUACUUUCCCAACAAUGUCAUCAACAGCAUCACUCUCAGGGACGCUAUUGCUUCCAUCACCCAAGAGCUCGGUGUGCCCUUUCCCGAAAAGAUUCGAUUUUUCAGAUCGCAGAUGCAAACUAUUAUAACCAAAGCUUGCAACGAGUUGGGAAUAAAACCAGUUCCUAGUAAACGGUGCAUUUCAUUGCUUCUAUGGCUAGAAGAGCGUUACGAGACUGUAUAUACUCGUCAUCCUGGCUUUCAAAAAGGAUCUAAGCCUCUUCUCGCAUUGGACAAUCCAUUUCCUAUGGAACUUCCCGAAAACCUUUUUGGAGAAAGAUGGGCUUUUGUCCAAUUGCCGUAUUCAGCUGUUAGAGAGGAAGUCUCAUCACUAGAGAAAAGAAGAGCAUUUGGUGGAACUCUAGAUUUGGAUCUUUUGGGCCUAGAAAUUGAAGACAAAACCUUAGUUCCUGGUGUUGCUGUUGCAUCGUCCCGUGCAAAACCUCUGGCAGCUUGGAUGAAUGGAUUGGAGGUUGAUUCAAUGGAGGUAGAUACCAGCAGAGCAUGUCUGAUCUUAUCAGCUGGUGUAGCAACCAGAUAUGUCUACGCUACAUACAAAAAAACUGCUGUAACAACUAAAGAGGCUGAAGCAUGGGAAGCAGCCAAGAAAGCAUGUGGAGGCCUGCAUUUUCUUGCCAUUCAAGAGAACUUAGAUUCAGAUGAUUGUGUUGGCUUUUGGCUCUUACUGGACUUACCUCCUCCCCCAGUGUAAAUGCAACAGAUUUUGCAGCUGAAUCAUCUAUAUAAGGACUUGGGACCUAGCAACGAUAGUGUUAAACGUAGUAUGAAUUUUUUUUUGUCGGGAUUUUAUCAUAAUUUUAUGAUAUUGGGCUUCGAAAUCUUUGCUUGUUUUUAUGAGCCAUAGCCAUGAAUUCUUACUUCAGUGCUAUUUCUAGCAAUCUUUGCUUGUUUUUUACUUCUCCAUGUGACAAGAUUUACUGACAUGAAUAAAUAAUAGUCAGACAGUUAUGAACUUA